AUGGACACGGUCACGUUUGGCUGGGCCGCGUGGCCUUCCCAGGAACUUCAUGGUCCAGGUUGGCCUUGUGUUGGCUCCUGCGCUUAUCUCUGGUGGCUUCGGCAUCUCCUGAAACCAGGAGCAACUCCCAAGGCCAAACGGGCCCUCCUGGGAGGCUCCCGGGACCAGCCUGACCCAGAGGGCUGGUUCCCCAGCAGCCCCCCGGGCCGGGAGCUCCAGGCUGGCGCCCUGCAGAGCUGCUGCCUCCGCUGCAUAGAAAGGAAACUGCGGAAGGUGUUUGGACAGAGUGCAGUAGACUGCAGCAGCGCCACGUCGGGGGGCCGCCGCGGCAGCCUCGAGAUGUCCUCGGACGGGGAGCCGCUGAGCCGCAUGGACUCGGAGGACAGCAUAAGCAGCACUAUUAUGGAUGUAGACAGCACAAUUUCCAGUGGCCGUUCGACUCCAGUUAUGAUGAAUGGACAAGGAGCUCCUACCUCCUCUACGAAAAGCAUCGCCUACAACUGCUGUUGGGACCACUGCCAUGCCUGCUUCAGCUCCAGCCCGGAUUUAGCAGAUCACAUCCGCUCCAUACACGUGGAUGGUCAGCGAGGAGGGGUGUUUGUUUGCUUAUGGAAAGGUUGCAAAGUCUAUAAUACACCUUCAACAAGUCAAAGUUGGUUGCAGAGGCACAUGCUGACACACAGUGGGGACAAACCUUUCAAGUGUGUAGUUGGUGGCUGCAACGCCAGCUUUGCGUCUCAGGGAGGACUUGCCCGUCACGUGCCCACACACUUCAGCCAGCAGAACUCUUCGAAAGUCGCCAGCCAGCCAAAGGCCAAAGAGGAAUCUCCAUCUAAAGCUGGAAUGAAUAAAAGAAGAAAGCUAAAGAACAAAAGACGACGAUCGUUACCGAGACCACAUGACUUCUUUGAUGCACAAACACUGGAUGCCAUAAGACAUCGAGCCAUCUGCUUUAACCUCUCAGCACACAUAGAAAGUUUAGGAAAAGGCCACAGUGUUGUAUUUCAUAGUACUGUAAUAGCUAAAAGAAAAGAAGAUUCUGGAAAAAUUAAACUCUUACUUCAUUGGACACCAGAGGACAUUCUGCCUGAUGUGUGGGUAAAUGAAAGUGAGCGACAUCAAUUAAAAACUAAAGUAGUUCAUUUAUCAAAACUACCAAAAGAUACUGCCUUGCUUCUGGACCCAAACAUAUACAGAACGAUGCCCCAGAAGAGAUUGAAGAGGCUCUGCUAUCCAAAAUGCACCCUCAGGAUCUCCAAAUUCACAAGCACAUCUUCAUUUUUGACUUUGCUCGAGAUUCUGGGGGGCCUGAUCAGUAACACGUCGCUCUGCUUGUCUCACCCGCGUGCCCGAUGGGGUGGUUGGGUCCACGGUGAACGUAGGUGA